UGGGUCUCUUUCGAGUCCGCUGAAACCUCCGGAGCGGAGUCAACGUGACAUUACGGUCAGCCGUGUGCGAGCAGUAUGCGCGCGGACGUCGGAGAACGCGCACGUUCUUUCCUUUUCUCCGCGAGUCUUUGUUCGGUUCGCUGCAGUAUCGUUCCGCCAGACCGCAUUGUCCCGAAGAUCGUGUUCCAUCGGCGAGCCUUCCGGAGCAUCUCGACCACCGUGGUUCGUUAAAAAUGCAGUGACCGGGGCCGAUCGUUCAUCGAGAAACGACAUGAACAAAACGGAGGUGAAGAUCGUCCUGAGCGCGGAGCCGGCGCGGACGGCCUCGGGCGUAAUUCACUCGCACAUACCGGUGCCGAGGAUACCGAGCGCGAUUAAGGCCCAGGAGAGGUGUCCCCCGGCCCGGCGCGGGUCCUUCGAGAAGCUGUCCAGAGGCGUCUCGGUGGCGGCCCAAAAGGCGUCCUUCGAGAAGCUCGACGCUUCCGUUCAGCUGCGGCCGCGGAACAACGUUUUGUCGGCCUCGAGCAUCGAGGUGCGGCACGCUCCCGAGGAGAGGGCGGCCUGGAAGACCAGCUGCGACUCUGUGCCGAAAUUGACUCGCAGCAACAGCAUCGAGAGCAAAUGGAAGAACAAGUACGAGGAGUCGGAGAAGAGGCGGAAACUGUUGCUGCAGAAGAGCGAGGCCGUGAGCAAGGACCAUGCCGAUCUGGAGAAGAAGUUCCAGCAAUUGCAGAGGCAAAACAGCACGCUGCAGACGCAGGUGCAGGAGAGAGAGCAGAAACUGCAGAAGAUGCGAACGGUUUCGGAAGCGGUGUGCAAAGAAUACGAGCAGCUGAAGCAUCAAUACGACGUCGAGACGGGGGCGAUGCACAAAGCGAUGCAACAGGCGUCGCAGUGGUACAGACAGAACCGCGAGCUGAAACGAAGGUCGCAGAUCAUAACGCAGAAGCUGCAGCAAACCAACUCGGACGGAUCGUUGGAUCUCGAGUUGUCGGACGAGGUCGACUCGAACUUCGAGGAUGUCGAUCAGCUUCGUGAAACGGUGAAAGAACUGAGCAAAGACAUAGCCAGGCUGCAGACCGAGUUGCAUUCGGCUAGGCUGCAAGAGUUCGAGGCGCAGGAGCAGGUGAUGCAUUUGACGACGCAGUUGGACGAAGAGAGGAAUCUCAGGCAGAAAUACGAGGAGAAAGUGAACGAGAUGAAGGUGCAGAAGGAGAACAUGGCGAGGGUGACGAAGAUGGUGGCGGAGGAGGUGCAGGCGUUGAAGGUGCAAUGCGAUCGCGAGAGAGAGAACGCGAAGAUAAUUAAGAUAGAGGCGGAGAGGGCGAUAAAGGAGAGGAACGUGCUGGCUCAUCAGAGCGCGCUCCUGAUGGCCGAAGUUGGCGAUGACGCGAACGGAAGGCUGCUGGCCGUUCUUCAAGAAGUGGAGUCGCUGAAGAGACUGCUCGAGGAGGAGCAACAGAGUCACGCUUCCCACAUACAGAUGCUGGAAGAGAAGCUGGAGGAGAAGGAAUCGAACGUGGAGUUCGAGAUAGUGGAGGAGAAGCUGAAGCUGGCGGAGUCCGAGCUGGACGUGGCGACCCAGAGGGCCGAAAGGGCGGAGAAGUCGGUGGAAGAAUUGGAGAACGUGAUCGAAAGUCUGAAGACGAAGAUCGGCGAAAUGGAGAACAAACUUUCGAAACCUCCUCCGCCUCCUCCACCCCCGCCGCCGAUGUUCUCCAACGGCGGUCAAGCGUCGAUCAAAUUGCUGACGAAGGAGAAGAUGAAUUCGGAGCGUAACGCGGUCGCGGACAUGGAGAACAUGCUUGGGAUCGCGAAGAAGACGCCGACGGUUGCUCAACAGCCAGCCAUCGACGACAUCAUCAACCAGAUCAAAGGAGGACGAUUCACCUUGAAGCAGACGGAUAAACAGAGAGAAGAGCAGAGGAGGAGACGGCAGGAAGCGGAAAGCGCGCCUCCAGCGGUGUCGGAGAUGCUGAACAUCCUAGGCACCAUGAGAAGAAGAGCCAAGCCCGUGAAGCAACCUUUCCCAACUGCGGAAGCAUCCCCCUAAUUGAUACUGUUAGUACCGAAACGCGAUAUUGUUAACGCGAGCCUUGAAAUGGUGCCGCUUGUUAAUGCGAUCUUCGAAUCAAAGAGUUAUUCUAUCAGAGUAAGGUUUACUAUGACGUUAUUUAUUUAGUCGUAAAUAAAUUUUUUACCAUCGAACGAACUAUAUAUAUAUAGGCUUACGUAUUUUUCUACGUGUAAAGCGAAGCGAAUAAAUGUGUCGGUUAAGGGAGAAGUGACGGAAAUCGUUUGCGGUAAGCGUUGUGAAAAAAGGUGUAUUGUAAAAAGCUGGUUACAUGUACUGUAUAUGUACGAUACAGUUCAUUGUACAAAAGA